AUGUCGGCUUCUCCGACGACAAGAUUCGAAGUCAGCAGUUGUACAGAUUGUAUCCGAAUGUAAGUGAAAUUGUGUGAACUGGGACGAGGGAAAUAAUUCCUUCUUUUAUUUUUUCACGAAUACAAGUUUGAAUGGAUCCAAGAAUAGCUUGGUAUUCACCUGAGCAGUUAGGAUUAGCCCAUGACAUUUGGACGAGGAUCAUCGAGACCCAGAUAGGCGUGGAUAAUAUGUCGCUGAACAAUUCAAAUCAUAAUUUGGACCAGAGGCCACCAGAUUUUAUUUCGCUCAGUGUAAAUAACAAUCUAGCACAGAAACAUGCGCCUACGAAUAAGCAGUACAAUAUUCAGAACCAACAGAACAGCUUUAAAAGAAAACGAGAAAACAAGGCUAGCACAUACGGUCUGAAUCAUUCGUCCUACAAACAUUUUUUGCAUGAAAAUGGUGGAUUAACACCAUGGAUCCGAAAAGGAAAGGACUACCCACCAAAUGUUAUAGGGCUCCAUGAAGAGAUUAAGGAUUUUUAUGAAUAUAUGUCACCAACUGCAGAAGAAGCAAACAUGAGGAAUGAGGUUGUUCAAAGAAUUAAAGAUGUUGUCAAAGAGCUUUGGCCAGAGGCAAAGGUGGAAAUAUUUGGAAGUUUCAAAACAGGGUUGUACUUACCGACAAGUGAUAUUGAUUUGGUUGUGUAUGGAAAAUGGGACAGUCUACCUCUGUUCACCCUGGAAAGAGCUUUGAGAGAAAGAGGUUAUGCGGAUCCAGCCUCUGUGAAAGUGCUAGACAAAGCUUCUGUUCCAAUUAUCAAAAUGGUGGACCUCCAAACUGAUGUGAAGGUGGACAUAAGCUUUAAUACACAAAACUCGGUGGAAAGUGCUCAGCUAAUCAGUAAAUUCAUGACUGAAUACCCAAAUUUGAAAUAUUUGGUCUUGGUGCUAAAACAGUUCCUUCUACAAAGAGAUCUGAAUGAAGUGUUUACAGGGGGAAUAAGUUCCUACAGCCUCAUCUACAUGACAGUCAGCUUUUUUCAGCUUCAUCCAAGAUGUGAUGCAUUGGAGCCAAAUGCGAAUCUUGGAGUUUUGCUGAUUGAAUUUUUUGAACUGUAUGGAAGGAAUUUUAAUUACUUGAAGACAGGAAUACGCAUUAAGAAUGGAGGGUCAUAUGUACCAAAAGACGAAAUUCAAAGAAGCAUGGAAAAUGGAUAUAGAUCGUCAAUGUUGUGUAUUGAAGAUCCUUUGACAAAAGGAAAUGACAUAGGAAGAAGUUCAUACGGUGCUAUGCAAGUGAAACAGGCCUUUGAAUAUGCCUACAUAGUUUUAAGUUACACAGUAGGCCCACAAUAUAUGUAUUCAAGAAAGCCAAAGCAUAGCAUACUUGGUCGAAUAGUCAGAGUGACAAAUGAAGUUGUGGAGUACAGACAUUGGAUUAAAGUAACAUUCCCUCGUAAAAUCCCAGAAAACAACAUGAUGGAUUCCAGAAGCAGGAGCUAUGCUAGUGUUGCCAAUGGCAGCAAAGCUGUGGAAUCUAAAAGUGAUGUCAGUAAUGAAAGCAGCAAGAGGUGUAAUGAGGAUGGAUCAAAGCCAUGCAAUCCGGAGAGUGAACAGUCCGACUCGAGUUCUGUGUACAAAUCCAGCAGCAGCUCAGCUAGCAGUAGCUCCACUUCUAGUCUUACCAGCGACACAGACUCGGAACCUGAUCCUCAACAACAGACUGAAAUAGAAGUGACAAAAUCAACACCCACAACUCCAGUCAAAGUGGAGAAAAAGACAGCUGUUGUCAGUCAGGAGUACACACGUAGUAGAGACAGGGCACAUAGCAACAGUAAACAAAGGACAGGUUCAUCCAAAAGUCGAGACACUAGUUGUAGUAGUGUGUCCUCCACUCAUUCAGCAGGUUCCAACAGAACUAAUGUAAACAAUGGCCACAGAGGUUAUAAUAACAGUUACGAGAACCGUGGAAACAGCAAUAGAAACUCUGGCCACUAUGACAGCGGACCGCCACGAAAAGCAUAUCACGGAGGAAGUGCUCAAAACAAAAACAGCUAUGAAAGUGGUCGCGUUUACACAAGGACGAACAGUAGUAACAAGAAGAAGAAAAACACAGGAAAUGGGUAUGGUUAUAACAAGAGGGACAGUUAUCCAAGUGCCACUGCAGGCCACAGGUAACCCCUACUUAGGCCCGGAGUGGCAGUAAUCAAUGGUGCCCUUCAAGUGUAAGAGGAGAUCUUUGUGUGUGUUUUGUGUUACGUGUGUGCUUGUCUAUUACUUGGUGCCUCAUAUAUGAGUUCAGGAGGCAUAAAAAUGAAUAUGGAUAGAAAAAUCUUUUUGUGUGUGUUUAUGAACAUUGGACAAAUCUGUAAUUGGUAUACAUGUCUCAAGAUAUUAUGUUGUAAAAUGAUGUGAAUAAGAUUUAUUUUGGAGAUUCAAUUUUUUCUGUACAUGUAUGUUGAAACCUUUUUUUUUUUCAAAUA